UACACUCAGCUCUGUUCUAAUUUCUCGCUCGCUUUUCUUUAGCGGAGAAAGGAGAGUAUAUUUUUAAGCUCCACCCCACGCAGAGAUACGAAGAGAGAAGGCUGGCGGCGAUGGCGGCGAACGCGGCGGACGUGGAGGUGGUGGACUUCGAGCCGGACGACGAUGAUCUCAUGGACGAGGACGGCGCCGCCGAGGUCGACGCCGCCCCUUCCCACCACAAACUCCGCUCCGCCAUCACCGGCGGCGAUCUCUCCGCCGACUCCAAGAAGACCAAAGGCCGCGGCUUCCGGGAGGAGGCCGCCGCCGCCACCGCCGAGCGCAACAGCCGCUUCGCCUUCCGGGACUUCGAGUCGCUCGACUCCGACGGCGGCCCCGGCCCCCAAAGAUCUAUUGAGGGAUGGAUUAUACUGGUCACUGGAGUUCAUGAGGAGGCUCAAGAAGAUGAUCUCCAUAAUGCUUUUCGGGAAUUUGGGCUGGUCAAGAAUUUGCAUCUAAAUCUAGACCGUCGUACUGGAUUUGUCAAGGGGUAUGCGCUAAUUGAAUAUGAGACAUUCAAGGAAGCACUAGAUGCAAUCAAAGCACUGAAUGGAACUGAGCUUCUCACACAAACUAUUUAUGUUGACUGGGCAUUUAGCAAUGGCCCAUUCAGGCGCAGAAAUGCGAGGAGGAGAUCACCACGUGUGCACCGUUCAAGGAGCCCACCUAGGCGGAGGUAUUGAAAUGCAUUAAUCUGCCCACCGGACGUUAGAUUUUAGUGUGUUGAGAUUUGGGAUUUGGAGUUCAAUCAUUUUCGUGGUUUGUUUGAUGCUAACAGAGAAAGUUAGAUAUAUAUUACUGGGCUUGAUUGAAAUCUGUAUGCUUCACCCACUGGUAGUUUUAGUUGUUGCCCUUUUCCUUUGGAUUCUUUUAUGUCAUGUUCCUUAAACAAGGUAUGGCCUUUGGGUGAACUAAUGAUGUACUUAAUUGGAGGUCUUUAUUAAUUAGUGCGCUGUCUAUUGGAUAUCUAAUGAUCUUUGUGCUAUUCCAGAAAUGCAGAAAUGGAGUCUUCAAAAUUUUAUGAUAUGGGAUGUAAUAUAGGCACUUCAAAUUUUAA